ACCGUAAAUAACGACGUCAAAGCGUAACUCUCGGGAAAUCGCGUUUUCCGCGUUUUCUUUGAUAAUAAUACAUAGUCGUCUAUAUUGGAGGGUAUUUCAUGUAUAUACAAAACACGCAAUCGAUGAGUUGCAGUUUUUAAAAUUUCGCGCCAAAAAUCUGGCGGGGUGGAUCACUACGUAAUAUAAUAUUAUAAAUACAGUAAUAGACAAUAACGCAUAAUGGGUACCCACAUACAUAAUAAUAUUUAUUAUCCGUCCUCACGAAAUCCCAGCCUGCAACAUUGUGAAAAGUGAAUUUAAAUAGGUAGAUGCUGAUGUAUUCGUAAAAACCUUUUUAUAUUUCAAUAAUUACUUACUACAGAGAUUAUCCGUACAUUGUAUGUGUAAAUAACCCAAGUGCGGCCCGCGGAAGAUCGAGUGGUUGCGGUGCGUUCGCGGUUCCUACCUUCGACCUUCCUAUACCUAGGUACAAUACGAUAUACCUAUAGGCUAUAGAUCAGUUCGUUAGUCGUUGGCGUACAUUUCGGGUUCGGGGCGCAACAGUCUUCCGUCGAAAAGCGUGCUCGCGCGUCGUUCCUCCGUUUACCAUUAUUGCUGUGCACAUAUUUUAUAAAUUAAUUAUUAUAUAUUAUCAUAAAAUAAUAUUUAAUAUACUUCAUCGGUUGAGGCCUAUUAUAUGUAAGGCCGGUACACACAUCGAGAUUGAUAAUCAUCAUUAUUUUAGGACUUUAGGUCUACCUACUUAUUAAUACGACACGCAAUACUCUAUAGCCGCGCCAGUAUACCUACCAUCCUGUAUAUUUAUUAUUUAUAAUAAAAUGUCAGUCGGCGACUUGAACUUUACCACGGCCAAGCCGUUAGACGUCAACAGGUAUGCGACCAAAAAAACCAUUGCUCAAGGGAUGUUGGACAUCGCAUUAUUGACGGCCAACGCAAACCAACUGAAAUACAUCCUCCAAGUGGGUGAGAAACACGAGUUCUACAAGCCUUUGUUGGUACUGAUAGCUACGUCUAUAUUUUUACAAGUGUUCAUGGGAAUGAUAUUUCUAUCACUAAAUCUGCUUCGGGACUGUCGUUUCCAUUUGAUCGAGUACAAGACAUCGUCGCUGUUCAUCAAUCAAGUGCCGGUCGUGUGCACGUUUAUGGUGUUUACGAUCAACAUAAUAAUAGGAGCUUUCGAUUCCGGACUAGCCAGCAUCGUACCGACAUCAACGUUCAACACGCCGUCCGUCCCGGCCAUUGGUUCCAAUUGAUAUUUUAUGUGCUCGUUGGUGGGAUAUUCAUGGUUGUCGGAGGGCUGGACAUUAAGAAAGAAAAAGACCAACGAAAAUGUUUGAUUUUAAACGACGUUUCCGUCAUCAUGGUUUUCUU